UUGACUAAUUUUCUUUGUUAUGGACGGAGUGAUUUUUGGUAGAAAAACUAAUUUGCACAGAAAAUUAAUAUUUGGCACUGUUUUCGACAAGUUAAAUUAUAAUAGAAAGAAAUCGACAACCGUUUCUACACCAUUUUCGCUAACCAAAAUGGUGUUCAAAGACUUAGAAUGCUGUUAAAAAUGUAAUAACCAAAACGGGUGGAGUACAAUAACUCAAGCGGUAGUAGGGUGUAGGGUCGCUGUUUGCAAAUCGAUUGGAAUUUGAAGAAAAAUUUAUGCUUAAUAAACAUUUAAAAAACAACCGAACGUGUAAGCAUUAAAAAAGAGUAAAAACGCCAAAUUUCUAUAUAAACCAUGCAUAAACGUAGGACGUAAUACAACUGACCGAAGAGAAGUUUAGUUCAAAGUGCAACUUAAAGGUCCAAUAUGCGAUUAAAAAUAUUCAGCCAUGCAAAAGCCUUCCAAGACGUUUAUAAUAUAUCAUGUUUGCUAGCAUCGAAAUUACGACUUAUAAAUGAUCACAUAAAAAUAAUUGGUUUAUAUAAAUCUGUUGGCAACCAAAUGUAUUAAGAGCUUAUCGAAGCCUUUAGCGCAAUGGAAUCACUUUAUACAUGUAUCAGUGAUCGCAACACUUGCACUAGUUAAAUGCGGCACCGCAUAUGAACUUUAUCAGACAGCUACAUGCAAACAUACAUGUACUCCCGCCAUUGUUGUACAUCAGCUAAUAAGUUUUGUGAUAUUUUCGUCUAUUACAUAUAAGUACGAUUGAAUUCGAGUAAAGUAAAUCAAUAUACGACAAAAGCAGCCAAAAUAAUUAUUGAAGAAACAAAAACAAAAACAAAAAGUAAACGUGAACGUAAACGCCGGAAACCGCCAUAUUGCAAUUUAAUUAAAAUUUAAUCAUAUUCAUCAAUUUAUCUCAAACCGUACGCAACAUCGAUAAAUAAUUAAGUAGAUACACGACAAUUUACUUUCACCAGCAACCUCGCUACCAUCAAAACGUCUACCAUACAGAUUGUAAUGUUGUCCGACGUUGACGACAACGAUGAAUUGGACACCAUUGCCGAUGUUAUGGGAUUACGCUCACAAAAGAGUCUUAAUACAUUUCGCGAAAUGUGGUAUCACAUAUUUCUGUGGGCACUCUUCUCCUCCGUAUUCAUACACACAUGUGCUGCAUUGGUGGCCUUUGUGACGUUACGCAAACACAAAUUUGGACGUUUCUUUUCCAUACUGAUUUUAGUAAUGGGAUUUCUAUCACCGGCGAUGAGUGGCAUCGUGAGUAGUGCAGUGAUAGCUUUCGUGCAUCGAGCCUCCAGUUUGCCAAUGUCGCCGAUCUAUGCGAUGGUGUGGGGUCUAGGUCAAACGAUAGUGUCGGCGUGUUUAGGUUUUACACGAAUUUUGGCUACACUAUAGAAAAUAGGUGCGCAACUGGAGGGGACUGAAUGGCAAAGAGUGAGUGACCGACAGACGGACAGUUCCAUAUAUACAUACGGACACACACGUAAGGUUUUAGUGAUAAUCGCUUAGUGUUUUAAGUAUAAAUAAUAUAAUAAUUACUACUAUUGUAAAAAAAUAAUAAUUAUUAAAUAUUUUAUUAGUUAUUAUAU